AUUGAAAUCAGGGGGCAAAAGAUAAUCGUAUCAGAGGCACUUCUUUUCGUUUCCAUUGAUAUUUUUAUCCAUUAUUAUAAACAUCUAGUUGUUCCAACUCCAUCAGAAUAGUACUUGGCAACAUAUAUCUAAUGUAAUUGAUAUCAAAUUCUGAUUUUUUACCUUCCACAGUGUUGCCAUGUUCGGCGUAGGUAUCUGUUCAUCUUUGACGAUGAGUAGCAGUGAAGAAACGCUGCAUAACAUUCGAGUUAAUAUGAUCAAAAGUUACUUCCAAGAAAAGCAAGAGAUGAAUCAGAUUACUAAGAAAGUUGAAAGAAUAUGUCCAGGAUAUGGCAGGAAAUUUGAGGAAGCCCUUUUGAAAGUCCAGCAGUGUAGUGAUGCAGUCGACGAUACCCAACAAACAAUGUGCUCAGCCGUCAAAAACCAUUUCGAGAUUUGCGCCAGGCCAGUUACGGAAAUUUUCGAAGAGUGCCUUCCGGAAUCUUCUCAGGAUCUCCCCUCGUUCAUCAUCAAAACUAUGGUCGCCAUGUCUAAUCAUCUGUGCAGGAUUGAUGGCGAACAUAUCAUUGAAUUAUCGAAUCCCUGCGUCAAAUCACAAACUUACCGUAUGAGGAGAUGCAUGAUGAAGGCUCAGUCGAAAUUACAAACGUACUCCUCCCAAAUACCUUCAAAGCAGGAAGUCUGCGAAUCUCUUCGAUCACUGAAAACUUGUUUCAAAUCGCAUCUUACCCUCGCCUGUGGUAACCAGGUAACUAGAGAAUCGUUUUUGGAUCUCUUCGAGUCUGGCAUGAAGUUAUGUGACGAAGUCACACCUUCCCCAUCUUUCAACGAAAUUGAAGUUCUGGACCUGGAUAAGAAAAAUGAAUGGCAUACUAGGAGAUCAAUUCCUGUUGAAGAAUAAGAAAAUUGCUUUCAACAACAUGGCAUAUUGUAUUGCACAAUUCAAUAUGGAAUUCACAAAAUACAUAGAUGUAUAGAGGUACUCAAUAUAUAGGAGAUAUUUAUAUGAAACAUGAAAUAUAAUAAAAGUAUUUGCAAUUUGUUGUUGUAUA